CGGCUACGCAAACGAUGUCCCACCAAAAUACGGAUAUGGAGUUCGUCAUAUGCAAGCUUUGAUAAUUUUCGGUUGCCUUACUUGCAACUUGAUCGCUCGAGCGCAUCUCAGUGUCACCAUUGUCGCUAUGACCGAUAUUCCCAAACACGAUAUUGUCACUGUUCUUAAUAACAGUGGCAUAGACUUAAAUAACAUGGUUUAUGCAAAAACUAAUGACAGUAUCUUUCAAAAUGUUGGACUUGAUAUUGCUAAUAGAACCAAAGAUGGCCGUGAAGAAAUUAAUUUGGAAAUCAAAGUUAAUGGAACGGAAGUUCUUAGUAGUAAAUUGAACGCAUAUAGAAAUAAAAGUAUAUCAGAUAAUACGUACGAAUUAGAAAAAGAAUUUGCAAAUAAUCCUCAGUCAAGGGACAGUGUUUGGAAUGUUUAUAGAACUUAUUACUGGUCAAAGGCAACCCAAGAGAUGGUUCUUGGAUCAUUCUUCCUCGGCUAUUUAAUAAUGAUGACACCAAUGGGCCUGGUGGUCCAGCGUUGGGGCGGCAAGAUGCCUUUGCAAAUCGGUCUUACUGUUAGCGGGAUUGUCACUUUCAUCUCUCCUUGGUUAGCUGCUUGGGGUGAUUGGAAGGCAGUGUGUGCAGCACGUAUAGCGCUGGGCCUGGCGCAGACAGGCACCUAUCCGGGCAUUCACAGUCUGCUUGCUAAGUGGGUUCCCUUAAGUGAACGAGGAAGACUUAGCACUUAUGUUUACAGCGGCGCUAUGAUUGGCUCGGUGUUAGCGUUUCAAAUCGGAGGUUUCCUCGCGGCGUCACCUCUGGGCUGGCCAUCGAUAUUCUGGGCAACUGGUGGUAUUUGCAUCAUCAUGGCAGUUCUUUUGACCAUCUUCGGAAAAGCGUCCCCGCAGCUGCAUAAACAUAUCACGGAAGAGGAAAAAAACUUUAUUUUGGGAAGAGUGGGCAGUGGUGUUGAGAAGAGACAAAAGACCCCGUGGAAGGCGAUUCUAACCUCGAAGCCGGCGUGGGCUCUAUUCAUUGGACACGUCGGCACUGCACUUGCGUACAUGUUCUUUUUCACUCAAAUUCCUACGUACUUGCAUUACAUUCUCGACGUCAACGUGAAAAGUAGCGGUUUGUUGACAUCUUUGCCAUAUUUAGCUAAUUUCUUUAUGGCAUUUCUCUUCGGGCUGUCGACAGAUUAUUGCAUUAACAACAACAUCCUCACUUGCAAGCAAACUAGAAUGAUAUCUAACACCGUGGCAAACGUAUUCCCGGCAAUCUGUCUUACAGCAUUAUCGUUCACACGCAGUACGACUGUGGCCGUGAUUUUACUCAUAGUAGCACUGGGCACACAAGCAGGGUGUCACACCGGAUGGAUGGUUAAUUACAUAGACCUAGCGCCUAAUUUCAGCGGUACUCUGAUAGCCACGGGUGCUUCUCUACUUAACGUAUUUACUAUUCUCUUACCAAUCUUCGUCUCUCAAGUUGUAACGGAUGUACGAGAUCCUUACCAGUGGCGCAUCGUGUUGUGCUCUAUGGCUGUGUUUGGAAUAAUGUGCAAUACGGUGUAUAUGUUUUUUAUAUCUACCGAUCCUCAGUCGUGGAAUGACACCCAGUGUGAAAAUGAUGCACUGAAAGAGUUGGAUGCGCAAGAACUUCAAAAGACGACCUUAAAACAAUGAAUAAAGUCACUCGUCAUCAAUAUACCAUCAAGCAAUGAGAACAAAACAAAUUGUGUAAAUUUGACACAAUUUGCAGCAUCAAAUAUUAUAUUUAGGAAUGAGAAAUGAACUUUGACACGUUGUUGUGUUUACAUUCUUGAGUAUAACUUGGGUGCUAUAGCCAAAGUGUAAUUGAGUUUAGAAAUACAGAUCUUUAGUUUCCUUUAUUUUUGCUAUUGUCACAUUUUGAGCACAUUUAGCUU